CGCGAGGCCGCGUACUGGCCGGUCCCGCGCUGCCCGGCGGGAGGGGCCCGGCCCGCGUUCCUCCUCCCUACCGGUCCCCAUCCUUAAAGCAGGAUCCCGAACGCCCCGCCCGUUGGAGAGGGCGCCGGGAUCCGGACAGUGGACAGCCCAGAUAGGCGAGGCCGACUGAGAAGGGCCUGUGGUGACGGAGUGGCUGCGACUGGCGCGCGAGCGUCUCGGCCCCGACUGAGUGGUUGCGGGAGUUGCGAAGAGGGGUCUUAGACGCCAUUGCUGGCCGUCGGAGCGCCUCCCGAUUUCAUUCCGGCCCUUGGCUGCUCUCCCCUGGCUGGGAGGAGCCGUGGCUCGAAGCCCUUGCCAACCCCUGCCCAGGGCUCGUGAAUCGGGUGCCUCAGCCGCCGGCCCGCAGCUUCGCCCGCCUCCCGCGCCCGGCAGCUCCGGCAGAGACCAUGUUUGACAAGACGCGGCUGCCGUACGUGGCCCUAGAUGUACUCUGCGUGUUGCUGGCUGGAUUGCCUUUUGCAAUUCUUACUUCAAGGCAUACCCCCUUCCAUCGAGGAGUAUUCUGUAAUGAUGAGUCCAUCCAGUACCCUUACAAAGAAGACACCAUACCUUAUGCGUUAUUAGGUGGAAUAAUCAUUCCAUUCAGUAUUAUCGUUAUGAUUCUUGGAGAAACCAUAUCUGUUUACUUUAACAUUUUGCACUCAAAUUCCUUUAUGAGGAAUAACUACAUAGCCACUAUUUACAAAGCCGUUGGAACAUUUUUAUUUGGUGCAGCUGCUAGUCAGUCCCUGACUGACAUUGCCAAAUAUUCGAUAGGCAGGCUGCGGCCUCACUUCUUGGAUGUUUGUGACCCAGAUUGGUCAAAAAUCAACUGCAGUGAUGGUUACAUUGAAACCUACAUUUGUAGAGGGAAUGCAGAAAAAGUUAAGGAAGGCAGGUUGUCCUUCUACUCGGGCCACUCUUCAUUCUCCAUGUACUGCAUGCUGUUUGUGGCACUGUAUCUUCAAGCCAGGAUGAAGGGAGACUGGGCAAGACUCUUACGGCCAACACUGCAAUUUGGUCUUCUUGCUGUGUCCAUCUACGUGGGUCUUUCUCGAGUUUCUGAUUACAAACACCACUGGAGCGACGUGAUGACUGGAUUCAUUCAAGGGGCCGUGGUUGCAGUAUUAGUUGCUGUAUAUGUAUCCGAUUUCUUCAAGGAGAAAGAUUCUCCUUUGAAAGAAAGAAAAGAGGAGGACUCGCAUACAACUCUGCAUGAAACACCAACGGCAGGGAAUCACUAUCGGAACAGUCACCAACCUUGAAAAGUGGCAGAGCACCCAGGUGCUUUUCUAAAGGAGAAGGUUUGCACCCGAAGCACAAGGAUGCGCCUUCCUGUUGUACAGGCCUGUGAGGGACUCUACUGCUGCUAUUCCUCUUGGAUGCCCACUUUACCUGUGUGUACAUAGUUACAUUUAACACAAUGGUUGUGUAAUAGCUCUGGGCUCAUUUAAAAAAAAAAUUCAAGCCUUUCACUAAAACAAUGCCCCACCUGUACAUUUUUUAAUUAAAAAUGCAAUGCUUAUGUACAAAUCUGUAUGUGAUAUGCUUU